AUUAAAAAAUAAUAAUAAAAUAAGUAAAACAACAAGCCUUGUGAGUAAAUAUAACAACAUAUUUUUGGGUCACAACAGCUCCACCCUCCCUAUAAAAGAAGUCUCACUCAAAUUCAUCUGAAAAAGCCUGGAUUCAACUCCUACUUUGGAAUAAUAUUUUGGGAUUCCUUCCUCCUUACAAAGAUCUCUCCCUGCUAUACUUUUGUCCCUUUGGGUGGCUUCUCUUUUCUUCUCUUCUCUUCUCUACGGUGUGGGAUUAUUAUUAAGAUUAGGACAAUGGGUUCUGUUGAAAUAGGGGUGAAUGGGUGGCUUUUUGAAAGAAAUUAUUAGAAAAAAUAAAAGCAAAAUGAACAGGUCAUGUGGCGGCUUGUAGUUUGAGUACCAGGCAAAGGACGAUCAUUACUUUCGGUGUGCUCCUGGGUUCUGCUUCAGUACUUUGAAAGCAGGGGACUUGUCUUUUUAAUGAUUAUUUUACGUCUUUAAUAUAAUACUGCUGCAGUAUUUAACUAGGUACUAUUUUUUUUUUCUUGAUUAUAAUUAUAUUUUUUAUUGGUGGUUAUGAAAUAAUUGAGGGAGGGGAUUUUCUUUGAUUUUCUUAGUAGGAAGUCUAUUUUCGAUGUAUUUUAAAUCCAUAAUACAUUGACCCACUUAGCUAGAGAGAGAUAGAGAGGAAAGGGAGAGAGAAGAAAAGGCGACCAUACAGAAUUGCUAUAUACAAGGGUCAUCAUCACCUCUAUAUCUGAUCUUCUAUUUCAAAGGAAGUUAAAUAUCUGAUCUUCCAGCCUAGGUUUUAUUUUCAUGGCACACCGUGUUGGCUUUUUAACAGAACAAGUUUGACGGAAGAGAAGGCAAAGAGAGGGAGCACUUUGGCGUAGCCCCUCUCAUCACAAUUAUCAUCUCCUUCACCGUCUAGUUCUUCUGAAUAUUUUCUUCUUCAUAAAUCCCCCACUAAGAAAAGUCCAUUUCUGUUGAUUCUUUAACAACAGAGUUCAGCUUGUUCCAUAACUGAAUCAGCAUCAACUUUGAUCAGAAUCUGAGAAGCUAGUGGGCAAGAGAAGCAUAAACAAAGGAACAAAAGGAAGGGAAAAAAAGUUUAACUUGGAUUACAUGGCUAGAGAACUCUGUGAAGAUAAAUCAAGGAAUAUUGUCUCAUCAACUGGUUUUUGUUACUCAGAUGUUUCAUCUGGUAAUUCAACCAUGCAAAACCAUCUGGUGAAUCAGAUCCAAGGCUUUGACUCCAACCCAGAGAUCUUUAACUUGACAACAGGAAUGGAGAUGAUAGGGUUUUCAAAGAAUCUACAGCAACAAGGUGACAGCAACAUGGUCAUGUGGAAAGGGUUCUUCAACAAACAUGGAAGCAACACUGGUCCUUCUUCUUCGAAGACGAUCAAUGAGUCAACGAGCGAUUUCUAUCAACAUGAAUUCCACAAACAUGAGUUCACAACUGGGAUACCUGAAACUAGUACAGAGAAUCUAAUAGUUGGACCUGAGUCAUCUCCUUGGCAAGAGGGCAGGUUGCUUGUUGAUGAUUCUUCUUUGAGAUGUGUUUUUCCUUGUGAAGGAAACGAGAGGCCAAGCCAAGGUCUUUCACUCUCUCUUUCAUCAAGUAAUCCUACUAGUAUUGGGCUACAGCCUUUUGAACUCAGGCAAAACAGUCACAGCAAUCAUGAUCAGCAAGAUGAUAUGAGGUUUAUUGGUUCAAGUUCUAGAGAUGGUUUCUUUGGAAAGCCUACAAAUGUUCAACAGCAGCAACAAAUGAUCCAAGACGGAUUUCUGGGAAAAGCUACAAAUCUACAUCAGCAAGGGCAGCUCCCACUCAGGAGUUCAAAGUAUUUGUGUCCUGCUCAGGAACUUUUGAACGAGUUCUGCAGCCUCGGAACAAAGCAAAUUGAUGCAUCAAAGCAAAAGCAGGCUCACAAGACCAAACAGUGGGAUGAUGGGAAUGGAGCUAGCUCUUCAAGGAAGCAGUCCCUUUAUGCCCUUGACUUCAUGGAGUUACAGAAAAGAAAAACCAAGCUGCUUUCAAUGCUGGAAGAGGUGGAUAGAAGAUACAGGAACUACUGUGACCAAAUGAAAGCCGUAGUGUCUUCCUUCGAAGCUGUGGCUGGCACCGGGGCAGCAUCAGUGUAUUCAGCUUUAGCCUCCAAGGCCAUGUCAAGACAUUUUAGAUGCUUGAGGGAUGGGAUUGCUAGUCAGAUUCAAGCUACAAGGAAGGCCAUGGGAGAAAAAGACCCAGUUGCACCGGGUACAUCAAGAGGCGAAACACCAAGGUUAAGGAUCCUUGAUCAAUCUUUGAGGCAACAAAGGGCUGUUCAACAGAUGAGCAUGAUGGAGAGUCAUCCGUGGAGACCCCAAAGAGGCCUUCCAGAAAGAUCUGUUUCUGUUCUUCGAGCUUGGUUGUUUGAGCAUUUUCUUCACCCGUAUCCAAGCGAUGUUGAUAAACAUAUCUUAGCCCGCCAAACCGGUCUCUCAAGAAGCCAGGUAUCCAAUUGGUUUAUUAAUGCGAGAGUGAGGCUAUGGAAACCAAUGGUGGAAGAAAUGUACUUGGAAGAAACAAAGGAGCAUGACGACAACAUGGCCUCCUCAGAUGGAGUUGCUGAUGGUGAUGAUAAUGGUGACCUGCCUAAUCAAAAUAUUCCUAUCACUGAUCAGAAACCCACCCCGGACCAGCUCGUUCGAGUUGAUUCGGAAUGUCUGUCUUCCAUUAUCUUUAACCGGGAUAAAAAUGACGCAAAAAGUGCGAAAACCCUUCAAAACCAGCACUUGCAUCAUCAGCAACAAAAUUUUGGAUCCUAUGGUGCCAUGGAAUUGGACCUCUCUGCCUACAGUCAUCACACAGCGGGAGGGGUAUCUUAUGGGAGUGACAAUGCUAAUCAAAGUUUCAAUAGUGGAGGGGUGUCAUUGACGCUAGGGUUGCAACAACAUGGUGGUAAUGGGGUGAGCUUAGCCUUCUCGCCCGCAUCUCAAAAUUCUCUCUUUUACCCUAGAGACAACAUUGAAGAUUGUCAACCAGUUCAGUACUCACUGUUAGAUGGCGAAGGACAGCAUCUGCCUUACAGGAACUUGAUGGGGGCACAGUUGCUUCAUGAUUUGGCAGGAUAGAAGGAAAGAAAACAUAAAAAAAAAAAGGUUAAAAUCAGGUUGUUGGUGGGUUUCAUUAGACUUCUCAUCAAAGGAUGGAAACCGUAGGUAAAUAGUUUAGGCAGCAUAGACAGAUACUGAAUACAUAUAUAUAUACAUAAAGCUACACUUGUUAAUUUAGAUAUACUAUGAACAUAAUUAGUUCAAUGGAUGGUAUCUCUUUUCAAUUGGAAGAACAUGUUUAUUUACUGCAAGUCUAAUUUGGGAUUUGCCAGUUAUUGAGGCAAGGCUAUACAGAUAUUUCUUUCCUCUUUUGGGUCGAAUCUGUUUUGCAAAAAACUUUAACCUAUUAUAUAUCAGUUUAUUA